GUGCAUGCAGUGCGGUGCAGCGCGGAGGCGAGACCCCACGGCCUGGAUCGAUCGAUGCCACGAGGCAACGAGAGCCCGAGCGGCGGGGCUACAAAGGCGGGGGCCUCGCGCCAGUAGCCACACCCCCUGUGCUGUGGGAGGAAAGGGACGAGCCGCCAAGCCACCCCAACCCCAGCCCACAGAGGCCACACACGCACCAGCGGUCAGGGCGGGCGGCUCAUCAUGGCUCCCUCCUCCUCCUCCACCUCCGUGCUCCUCAUCCUCCUCCUCUCCGUCGUCCCGGCCAGCCUCGCCUCGACCCCGGUCUCCGAUGGGCUGGAGCUGGAGCUUGGAGGAGACGGCCUGUACAGGGAGAUUCUCAGGGACGAGACGGUGCUCAGGCUCAAGGAACUCGGCAAGAUAUCUGAUGGCGAAGGAUUCCUCGAAAGGACAUUCCUGAGUCCUGCUUCCUUCAGAGCCACUGAUGUCAUUAUCAGCUGGAUGAAAGAUGCCGGACUUACGACGUGGGUUGAUCAAAUGGGUAACAUUCAUGGUCGAUUUGAGCCCUCCAAUUCGACAGAUAAGGCUCUAUUGAUUGGAUCCCAUAUGGAUACUGUCAUUGAUGCUGGCAUGUAUGAUGGAGCUUUGGGUAUUAUAUGCGCAAUCUCUGCUCUGAAGGUCUUGAGAGUCACCGGAAAACUUCAAAGGCUCACUAGACCAGUAGAGGUGAUUGCAUUCAGCGACGAGGAGGGUGUUAGAUUUCAGACAACAUUUCUGGGAAGCGCCGCUGUAGCUGGUAUUCUACCUGAAUCAAUUUUGCAAGUAUCUGACAAGAGUGGCACUACAGUUCAAGAAGUUCUUCGGCUGAACUCCUUCGAGGCUAGCGCUGAUGCUCUUGGUCAAGUCAAGUACAGCCCAGAGUCCGUGGGGAGCUAUGUUGAGGUUCACUUGGAACAAGGGCCUGUCCUGGAAGCCCUCCGCUAUCCCCUUGGAGUCGUAAAAGGAAUCGCAGGGCAGACGCGAUUGAAGGUAAUAGUAGACGGUUCCCAAGGGCAUGCUGGGACGGUUCCAAUGAAAUUGCGCCGUGAUCCGAUGGUUGCAGCUGCAGAGCUGGUGGUGACACUGGAGGGCCUGUGCAAAGACCCGAGCAGGUUCCUGACCUACGACGAGGAGUGCGGCUGCUUCACCGAGGAGUCCCUCGCCGGCCUCGUCUGCACCGUCGGCGAGCUGCUCACGUGGCCCAGCGCCAGCAAUGUCAUUCCAGGGCAGGUGAAUUUCACGGUGGACAUACGGGCCAUGGACGACCUGGUGCGGGAGACGAUCGUGGCGAGCUUCUCGCGGAUCGUCAUGCAGCGGUGCGACCACCGGCUGGUCGACUGCGCCGUCGAGCACAAGCACUCGGCGGCGGCCACGCCGUGCGACCCGGAGCUGACGGCCCAGCUGAAGCGCGCGACGCGGUCGGCCGUGUCGGCGAUGGCGCCCGGCGGCCACGGCCACGGCCGUGCGGUGGGAGCCGGGGAGUCGACGGCGGCGACGCCAGUGCUGAUGAGCGGCGCGGGGCACGACGCGAUGGCGAUGGCGCGGCUGACGCGGGUGGGGAUGCUGUUCGUGCGGUGCCGCGGCGGGGUGAGCCACUCGCCGGAGGAGCACGUGGCGGAGGACGACGUGUGGGCCGCCGGGCUCGCGCUGCUCCGUUUCGUGGACCAGCACGCCGUCGCCGAGCUGUGAAAUGUGAAAUGUGAAUCGGUCGGUUCGUGCCGCCGGAUGUGUACAUAUGGAUUGGACUGGGCCGGGCUGCCGUCCCAUUGGGCCAGCCAGAAAUAAACGGGUCUCUUCGCUGAGACUCUUUAUUUACGAACGGUGUGAGCGGCCGUCGGGUUGGAUGGAGAGCGUGCCGCAGAAGCAGUUUCUGUGUUCCCAAACGUAGAAACGGCUUCAAUAGAGUCUCAGAACAUGAGAAUAUCAUCUCAAUACGGUCCUCAAACAUGGAGAACCGGUCCUGCGGUGUGUCUCACGUAUGAUUCAUGUACGAUAUGUCUCACGUAUGAUUCAUGUAUGCCGUGCUUGAGUUUUCUUCUUGCAGAA